AUGUGGAAAGAAGACAAGACUCUGGUUUACAACAGGCAUAUUCAAUUUCACUUGGAGAAUUUCCAGCAGCUCCAGGCCAUGAUAUUUGCCGUGAACGAGAUCAACACAAACCCCAAUAUUCUCCCCAAUAUCACCUUGGGAUUUCAGGUUUAUGAUUCCUGUGAUGUAUUACAGCAGGACUUGGAAGGAACAUUGCAGGUUUUAACAGGACACACUGGGGCUAUUUCCAAUUACAGGUGUUUGAAAAAUACCCCUCUUGCUGCUGUCAUUGGGGCUUCUAGUUCAACACACUCCAUUUUAAUGGCUCAUGUGCUGGGCUUGUAUAGAUAUCCUCAGGUCAGCUAUUUCUCUACAAGCCCUCUCCUCAGCAACCAUAAAAUGUUCCCCUCCUUCUUCAGGACUGUCCCCAGCGAUGCCUUUCAAUCUCAAGGGCUGGCAAAGUUGGUGCUGCACUUUGGAUGGACCUGGGUGGGAUUAUUGGCAGCAGACAAUGACUAUGGUCAGCAAGGAAUUCAGCUAGUAAAACAAGAAAUAAUCAAGGCUGGAGCUUGUGUGGCCUUCACAGAGUCCAUCCUUACAAGUCAACCUGAUCGAAAUGCUCAGCAUAUUGUUAAAGUUAUGAAAGAGUCAACGGCCACAGCUAUAGUUAUCUUCUCUCCUACUAUUUAUUUGGUUCCUAUUUUAGAACAAAUGUUCAUACAAAAUGUUACCAAGAAAAUAUUGGUUGCUAGUGAAGCAUGGUCCACUUCCACCCUGUUUUCUAAUGGAAAGUUUUCAGAGGUUCUUUCAGGAACUAUAGGUUUGGCCCUGCAUAGUGGAGGCAUUCCAGGGUUUGGAGACUUCCUUAAUAAAAUCCACCCUUCUGUGUCUUUAGGGCAAUAUUGGGUGAGGCUUCUUUGGGAGAAAUCUUUCAACUGCAAAUUCCAGAAUGAAAGCCACCUCACAAGUGCAUCAGCAGAUGCCAUGCAAAAGUGCACUGGGGAAGAGCGUUUAGGAAAUAUUGCAAAUAGCUUCAAUGACGUUUCUAGUUUAAGAGUCACUUACAAUGUUUACACUGCCGUGCAUGCUGUGGCCAAUGCCUUAGAAGCCUUAACAAACUGUAUUUCAGAAAGAAGUAAAUUCUCCAAUCAGAAGUGCCCCAGUAUUUCCAAUUUUACAUCAUGGCAGCUCUUACAGUAUAUGAAGAAGGUUAAAAUUCCCCUGAGCAGUGGAAGAAUGCUUAUAUUUGAUGAAAAUGGCGACCCACCAGCGGUCUAUGAUAUAGUGAACUGGAAGUUGAGGCCUGAUGGCUCUAUGAAACAAGUCAAUGUAGGCAGCUAUGACAUCACUGCAGCAUUUGGUCAUGUAUUCUCAGUCAACAUGAGUGCCAUCUCCUGGGCUACUGGACACCAGCAGGUUCCUCUCUCUGUCUGUAGCCAGAGUUGUCCCCCAGGUUUCAGGAAGGCAACAGUAAGAGAAAAGCCAGCCUGCUGCUUUCAGUGUAUCCCAUGUCCCCAAGGAGAGAUCUCCAACCAUACAGAUUCUAUUAAUUGCUACAAGUGUUCAUGGGAUGAAUGGCCAAACUUACAGAAAUCUAAAUGCCUCCAAAAGAACAUAGAAUAUCUAUCUUAUGAAGACCCUUUGGGGGCAGGUCUUGCAGCCACAGGCAUUGCAUCAUUUUGGGUUCCUGUACUUGUUUUAAACGUUUUUAUCAAAUAUAAAUCAACCCCUAUAGUGAAAGCCAACAAUUAUUGUCUAAGUUGCCUUCUUCUGCUGUGCCUGCCCCUCUGCUUCCUCUGCUCUUUGGCUUUUAUUGGUUACCCUCAGCCUGAGAAAUGUCUUCUGCGCCAGGCUGCAUUUGGCUUGGUCUUUACUCUCUGCAUCUCUUGUAUUCUGGCCAAAACCUUUAUGGUGGUUUUUGCCUUUAUGGCCACCAAACCAGGCAGCAGAAUAAAGAAAUGGACGAGUCCUUCUGUGUCCUACAUGAUCAUUUUUAUUUGUUUUGGCUUACAAUUUAUCUUAUGUAUAUCAUGGUUAUUAGAGGCACCUCCUUUCCCACAGUAUGACAUUCAAACCAAACCUGGAGUUAUUAUCAUUGAAUGUAACAAUGGCUCUGCUACAGCCUUCUGGUGUAUGUUAGGAUAUCUUGGCUUCCUGGCUGCCAUAAGUUUUGCUGUUGCUUUCCUGGCCAGGAGGCUUCCCGACAACUUUAAUGAGGCCAAAUUCAUCACCUUUAGCAUGUUGGCCUUCCUCAGUGUCUGGGUGUCCUUCAUCCCAGCAUCUCUCAGUGCCCAAGGCAAAUAUACAGAGGCAAUGGAGAUCUUUGCCAUUCUAUCUUCAACUUGGUCCUUAGUCGUGUGUCUUUUCCUUCCUAAAUGUUUUAUCAUAGUGUUCAGACCCAACAUGAAUUCCAAGAAGGAACUCAUGAAGAAAACCAGUGCCCACCUCCAAAUCUCAAUGUACUGA